UCUUAUCUCUUCAAACAGAAAACAAACUGUCCACACCCUUUCUGCUGCCUUAUAGCCAUGCAGUAAACAGUUGGGAUAUGUAGAUAAGAGCAGAGCACUACAUAUGUUUAUAUUUGCUUCUGGGAACACAUUCUGAAAAGUCAUUCAGCUGCAACAGAAAUGAGCGGGCAUAUGCAUUUAAAAAGUGCACUAGUAUUCAUUUACAUACUUGUGCACUUGCACUGGAGCUGCACUGAAAAUAUAUGUUCACCAAAUAAAGACUGCAAAAAUACAGAUGUGUAUGACGAAACUAUGACAACAAUACCUGAAAAACUGAAAGAUGGAGCCAAUGAAGUAUUUUUUGUAAACAGCCAGAUUCCUGUCAUACCAAAAGGAGCUUUUUCCAAAAACCCUCAAAUGAAGAAAAUCGAAUUUAUCGGGACUUCAACUACAUCCGUAGAGGUCGGGGCCUUUGAGGGUUUACCUGAUAUCAUAACCAUUGAGAUAUCUGGCACAAAUGUGACAUCAUUACCCGUGGGUGUUUUUAAGGAUCUCAUCAACCUUGAAAACCUUGUUUUAAAAAGUAACAAAAUCCAACACCUUACAAAAGGGUUAUUUGAUGAUUUAAAAAUGCUUCAGAACCUAAAUCUACAUACUAAUGAGAUUAACUCUAUUGAGGAGGGGACAUUUGAUAGUUUAGAGAAUCUCAAAAUUCUUCAUCUUGCAAGAAACAACCUUAGUUCUGUAUCGACAUCUCUUUUUUCCAAACUUAAGAACUUGCACGCUUUCAGGCUUUAUGAGAACCAGCUGACCUCUAUGCCUGAUGGGAUUUUUGAUCAUCUCCCUGAUCUGACAGAGGUAGCCUUGCAAGGCAACAAAAUCUCAUUUAUAAAACCAGAUUUGUUUCCACACAAAAGUAAAUUAGUCAAACUCUUUUUGGACCACAAUCUUUUAACUGAACUGCAGCAAGAUCUUUUUGUUGGUUUCUCUUCAUUAAAGACUCUUUCACUGGAUAACAAUCAACUCAUACGUCUUCCCACUGUCCUUUUUGGAGAAAUGCCUAUGACUGAUUUGAGUCUAAAUCAUAACAAUCUCACUGACUUACCAACUGGAGUUUUCAGCCCACUUAAAAAGCUCAGGAAGUUAGACCUUUCAUCAAACCAGUUUUCAAUGAUAUCUAAAGACUUUUUUGAAGGUCUUGAGAAAUUGUCUGAUCUGAAUCUUCAAAAUAACAAUAUAAAGUCAUUAAAAAAAGAGGACUUUGAAAAACUUCAGUCUCUUACAACACUUAAACUGGGAAAUAAUAAACUACAAAGCCUUCCUGGAGAUGUUUUUGAUGCUCUUCCAAAACUCAAUAAACUAUACCUUUACAAGAAUCCAUGGCAGUGUGACUGUAACCUGUUGGAAUUCUUUGAAUGGAUAACGAACAAUAAAAACAAGAUUAAAUCAAAACCUUCAGAUGUUUGUGAGUCCCCAAAAAACCUGGAAAAUCAAACAAUAUCCUCUUUAACAGAAGAACAAUUAAUAUGCCUCACAACUUUACCAAGUACCACCCCUGUCCGUACAAGUACUGUUCCCAUGACCACACUGCACACCACAGUUGUCUCAACAACAACCUCAACAACAGCAGCGCCUACAACUACUACUUUACAGACAACAACCACAUCUGCUCCAACAACAAUACCAGUAACAACUCAAACAACUACAACACAGACAACCACACAAGUCAUUACUACUACAACACCAACUACUCAACUCACAACUUUGCUUCUAACCACAACCACACCACCCACCACCACUGCUGCGACUACAGCUCUGACAACUACAUCAGUCCCCACCACAGAAUCAACAACUACGCUUCAACCAACAACUGCCCCCCUGACAACUACAUCAGUCCCCACCACAGCAUCAACAACUACGCUUCAACCAACAACUGCCCCCCUGACAACUACAUCAGUCCCCACCACAGCAUCAACAACUAUGCUUCAACCAACAACUGCCCCCCUGACAACUACAUCAGUCCCCACCACAGCAUCAACAACUACGCUUCAACCAACAACUGCCCCCCUGACAACUACAUCAGUCCCCACCACAGCAUCAACAACUACGCUUCAACCAACAACUGCCCCCCUGACAACUACAUCAGUCCUUACCAGCACAUCUACAACCACAGUACCAUCAACAACUGCCCAUAUGACGACUACAUUGAUUCCCACCACAACAACAUCGACAGUUCAAACAACAAUUGCGACGACUUCAACUACAACUAUACUGAUCCCCACCCUUAUUACAAGUCAAAAAACAACAGCCACCAGUUUACCACCCAGCACAACUACAAAGACUACAGAACCUUUUCUCACCACACAUAGUAGUUUAAUCUGUACCAGCUCUCCUCAGCCUAAUCUCUCAAGUCCUACUCCUACCCACAAGAACUCAUCAUGCAAGGAACUGAUCAUAUAUUAUACUACAAUGCUGUUGGUGGAAAUCUGCUGUACUCUUGUGCUGGCCAAAUUCACUUAUUCACUAUAUUGUUCUCUGGAGCAAAGGGAGACACUGCACACCCAGGUCAACCUGACUCACUUCUCCUAUACUAAGUCCAUUACACUCAGACCAGUCGAAGAGACUGCAGCUCUGUGAUUUUUUUUUUCUUUCUCUUGAACUUUGAGUAUAGCAAUGAAUUUCCAAAAAGCAUCUAUCAUUGAGACUGAAGACAAGAUGAAUUUCUUUUACUGCUUUCAUUUCAUAACCAUGUACAGUAGGGUCCACAAGCCUGAAUCUAGUACUUAUAUUUAAUGUUUGUCUAUUUAAAAAAUACUUUUUAUAUAUUAUAGUUAUAUAUGAUAUAAUGAAUAUAUUAUGAGCAUAACAAUUUAAGUGAUGAGUUUGCAUUUCAAAAUUCUCAUUAUAUUAUUUGGCAAUGAAUUCCACACGAUCAAGUUAUCCAGCAUGAUUGAGAAUGUUAUAUCUUUGGAACAUCUGACUUUUCAGACAAGGGAGUCACAUGGUCAGUGUUAAAAAUAUGCCAGAUUAUUUUUAGGUUUCAAAUGUUUGGACUCCCCAGUACAUUAAGGCACUUUCGAGUUUUUUUUUUUUGUGUGUGUGUGUGUGUGUGUGUGUGUGUGUGUUUUAAUAUUAAAUUAAGUUUUAUUUUUAUAUGUACUAUAUGUAAUAUAAAGUAAGUUAUAUUGUGUUAUGAUAGUACAAUGUUAUGGCAGUGUCUUUUGUGUCCAGUGUUGCAUUUCUUUACCUGUAUAACCGAUUACCUUUGGCAAAAGGACAACCCACAAUGCCUUAUUAAUGAAAAUUACAAUAUGUUUAAUACAUAAGGGAUAAUCCAUGGCUAGGUGUACAUGAUUUUAAUACAAUGUGGAGGCAAACAAUUUAAAUAAAUAAAUAAAAACACCUGAUGCACAGCGGUAAACACGAAAGCUCACACACACACACACACACACACACAAACAAGCUUCCGUGUUUGCCAUAUGUGAUGUGUUAUAUAUAUGAGACAGGGUAUGGUUGUAAAACUUUUUGAUUCAACAUCUGUAACUCACUGAAUUAACAGAAACCUCUCAGGUUUUAUUAAAAAUGUCUUUUUGUAUGUGUAUAAUGACACUUUUUUUUUUUGUUUGGGGUGAACUAAGUGUGUCUAAACUUUUAACUUGUAGUUUACAUAUUUUACAACAAAGCACUGUCUCAUAGUAAUGUGAAACUUCUACGCAUGCGCGUAUCCCCAAUACGUUUCCAUGCUCAGGAGAAGGUGGUUACCGUGGUAACGAACGACGCCCGCUUGUGCUCACCGGUGGAAACUGUUGCAUGAACGCUACGGCUUACAAAAGAAUCAGAUUAACGAAGGAAUAUGACAUUUAUUCGUUAAGUUUAAGUGUAAUGUCUUCAUAAAACGUGUGGGUUUAUGUGUUAAUAUUAACACGUAUGUCACGGAUGAGUCUAGGCUAUUUGAUGUGCAGGUUUGCCUAGACAUACAGAAAACACAUUUUAAGAUCAUUAGAAUGUAUGCAAAACUGCUUGAAAAUAUGUUCAGCAGAUGUUUGUAGACAGCUUUCCAGAUGAAGCGUUCUUUAACAGGUGUGUGCUGUCUUAUCAUUAUCUGUUUGAAAUCCAUGGAUCACCAUUUUGUGUUGCUGCUUGUUACACAAAAAUACAAAAUGAAUGUUACAAAUGAAUAAAAGACUAUAUCUCAUA